UGGCCGGGCCGGGCCAUGGCGGCGGCCGCGCUGAGCCUCGGCCGGGCCGCUCCGCCGCGGCCGCUCGUGGUGAUCCUCGGCGCUACCGGCACCGGCAAGUCGGCGCUGGCGCUGCAGCUGGGGCUGCGGCUCGGAGGGGAGAUCGUCAGCGCCGACUCCAUGCAGGUGUACAAGGGCUUGGACAUCAUCACAAACAAGGUUUCCCCGCAGGAGCAGCGUCUGUGCAGGCACCACAUGAUCAGCUUUGUGGAUCCCCUUGUCUCCAACUACACAGUGGUGGAUUUCAGGGACAAAGCUGUGCCUCUCAUUGAAGAUAUCUUUGCCCGAGACAAGAUCCCGAUUGUUGUGGGAGGAACCAACUACUACAUCGAGUCCCUGCUCUGGAAGGUCCUCAUCAACACCAAGGAGAGGCCCAGCACAGCCCCGGGGCCAGUCAGGGACAGGAAGGUGGAGCUGGAGCAGCUGGAUGGGGGUGAGCUCUAUCGCCGCCUGAGCAGCGUGGACCCCGAGAUGGCAGCCAAGCUGCACCCCCACGACAAGCGCAAAGUAGCCAGGAGCCUCCAAGUGUUUGAAGAGACGGGGAUCCCCCAUAGUGAAAUCUUGCAGCAGCAGCAGGAGGAGGAAGGUGGGGGGCCCUUAGGUGGGCCCCUGAAAUACCCACAUUCCUGCAUCUUGUGGCUCCAUGCAGACCAGGCAGUGCUGGACCAGCGGCUGGAGAAGCGGGUGGAUGACAUGCUGGCUGCGGGGCUGCUGCAGGAGCUGCGUGACUUCCACCGCCGCUACAACCAACACAAGGUGGCUGAGAACCGGCAGGAUUACCAGCACGGCAUCUUCCAGUCCAUUGGCUUCAAGGAGUUCCAUGAAUACCUCAUCAGUGAAGGGAACUGCUCACCAGAGACCAGUGCCCUGCUGCUGCAAAAAGGGAUCCAGGCCCUGAAGCAGGUGACCAAGAGAUACGCCCGGAGGCAGAACAAAUGGGUCCGAAACCGCUUCCUGAAACGUCCUGGGCCCAACGUGCCCCCAGUGUAUGCCUUGGAGGUGUCUGAUGUCUUGCAGUGGGAAGAGAAUGUGCUAAAACCUGCUUUGGAGAUUGUGGAGAGCUUCAUCCAGGGUCGGGAGCCCCCAGCAGAGCCUGUGAAGAUGGAGCAUGAUGUAAAUGAGAACAAGAGGAGUCGCCGCCUGUGUGAGCUCUGUGACAGACUCAUCAUUGGGGACAGGGAAUGGGCAGCUCACACACGAUCCAAAUCCCACCUGCACCAUCUGAAGAGAAGAAGGAAGCUGGAGGCCGCCGGCCGUGCUGCAGAGGCUAUGGGGGACAGUGCGGGUGCAGUGACCUCAGAUGAGGACAGCAGUCAGCCUUCACCAUAGGGCUCCAGCCUGCCUCUGAAGGGGAGGAGGUCCUGGCUGGCCUUGGACUGAGCGAGUUUUGUGGGGCUGAGGCAGGUGUGUAAGUGAUGGCCAAAGGCUGCAUCAGAUCCUCUUCAUGUGGUGUCAUCCUGCCGUGUUCCCAAGCUUCCUCAGCCCUGUCUGAAAAGGGCUGGCCCCUGGAGCAAGGCUGCUGGGAGCAUCCUCCCCCUGCCAAGUGUUAAUUCCUGCCAGAGAUGCAGCAUUAUCCUUGGAAUGGGAGAGCUGACAUGUGAAUGUGUCCUGCUUGGAGACAGGAAUACCCUGCCCUCCUCCAGCUUGGCCAGGGGCGCAGCUCCAGAGCUGAGCAAGCUCUUGUUGCCUUUAUUGUGGAGGGGAAUAUUUUCUUCUUUUAAAUGGAAAUAAAGCUGCAGGAUGAUCGUGGGUUCCUUUCCCUAUAGCCAA